UCGCCUACACAGUGUCAGAAAUAGAGCUGAGUUUAAGGCAGGUGCGUACAAAGCGUCUGCAUGAAACCCUGGGUGGUGCGCAAAUACAUAAUCGUGAGAGAGGAUACAGGUUGAUUGACUUACGUCAAGAAGAAAAACGAGACAGAAACGUGACAAGAAAAACGACAGAAGAAGAGAUCGAGAUGUACGCUCAAAUGACCCAUCUUAUCACGGUGUGCCCCUAACCAAAGUCUAAACCCUACUCUACUGUGCUAUGAUGUAAGACCAACAGAGUGAGUGGAGAGAAUUAAAGCCAUCUAAAGGGAAAAAAGGAAUUUUGAGAUACUCGUGUGACUACUUCGCCAGACUGGAAAUGAAGAAACAGCUUGCUUCAUCUUUGAGACAAUACUUAACAAAACUGAACUAAACCCUUAGCUUUCCUGUCACAUGAACUUGAGAGAUAAGUAAGAGACUGGUAUUAAAAGCAGACAGAAGUGAGUCCAGCUCAGAGUGAAUCUAUAUCAAACUAUAUCAGUUUAAUUAUGAAAAUGGGACAGAUUGCAAUAUUCCUUCUGCACACACAUCUGCUGCUUGGAGUCACAAGCUCUCUGGUCAUUCAGUCCAUGCCAUGGAGAGUAUCCUGCCCUCACCAGUGUGUGUGCCAAAUCAAACCCUGGUACUCCCCCCAGUCUGUGUACAGAGAGGCUCCUACAGUAGACUGCAAUGACCUGCUACUUAUCCAGCUGCCCACUUCCCUCCCUCAAGAGACACAAACCCUCCGGCUGCAAAGUAACCUCAUCAGUUCUGUGGACCAGAGUGAACUCCAGGGCCUUGUCAAUCUGACAGAGUUGGAUCUUUCCCAUAACAGCUUUACCAGUACUCGCAACCUGAGGAUAACUGACCUGCCAGCUCUUCUCAGCCUACACAUGGAGGAAAACCAGCUGAGACACCUCCCAGAAGCAGCUUUCUUUGGUCUCCCUAACCUGCAGGAGUUGUACCUCAAUCACAACAGGCUUCGAAGCAUCUCUCCAGGGGCCUUCAAGGGUCUGGAUAGACUUUUAAGGCUUCAUCUCAAUUCUAACCGGUUAGUUGUAAUUGACCGGCGUUGGUUCCAUGCAUUGCCACAACUGGAGGUGCUCAUGAUUGGCGGAAACCCUGUAGAGAUUAUUCAAGACCUAAAUUUUAAACCACUGGGAUCUUUGCGGAGCCUUGUCCUGGCAGGCAUGGGCUUGCGUGAGAUCUCUGAGCGUGCGCUAGAGGGGCUUCAAAAUCUGGAGAGCAUUAGCUUUUAUGAUAAUAGCCUAAUUAAAGUUCCAAAAGAGGCACUACAGAAGUUGCCUGGUCUAAAGUUUCUUGAUUUGAACAAAAACCCCAUUCAGCUAGUGCAGAGGGGAGACUUUCGAAACAUGCUUCACCUGAAGGAGCUUGGCUUAAAUAACAUGGAGGAGCUGAUAUCUAUUGAGCACUCAGCGAUGGAAAACUUACCCGAACUGACCAAACUGGAGAUCACGAACAACCCUCGACUCUCCUAUAUCCACCCCCAGGCCUUCCAAAAGUUGUUGAGUAUGGAAAGUCUAAUGCUGAACAGUAAUGCCUUGAGUGCCCUGCAUAGCCAGACAGUAAGGUCGUUGCCCAGCCUUCAAGAAAUCAGCUUGCACUCCAAUCCCAUUCGCUGUGACUGCCUGAUCCGCUGGGUGGGAGCCGACAAUGACAAGCCAGUCCGUUUCAUUGAGCCUCAAUCCACAUUCUGCUCUGAGCCUCCUGAGCUGAAAGCUCGGCGAGUUAAAGAAGUCUCAUUCAGAGAGAUGGCAGACAGCUGCCUGCCCUUAAUUGCCCCAAGCACAUUCCCCUCCUUCAUUGAAGUCAAACAUGGAGACAAUGUAGCAUUGCACUGUCGAGCACUGGCAGAGCCAGAGCCAAAUAUCUACUGGGUCAUUCCCCAAGGCGUGAGACUGACUCCAUCCAGCAGUUAUGGACGUUAUCAGGUUCUCACAGAAGGCACAUUACAGAUUUUUGGAGUCACUGCUGAAGAGGCCGGCUUCUACACUUGCGUUGCACAAAACCUAGUGGGGGCUGAUACUAGAAGCUUGACUCUACAGGUUGAGGGAAGCAACUUGAUUCGAGGAAGUACUCAAAGGAGAGAGGAUAGUUUUGAAGUUCAGGAUGUCAAAGAAAGGUAUGCCUUACUGAGCUGGCAAGCAAGCCAUAAUGUCCCUACCGCCCAUUUAUCCUGGGUGGCCAAUGGCAGUCUGGAAGACCAUCAUAGGCACAGCACACGAAUUCUAGCUGGCACCAGAAGAUUCAACCUAACCCGUUUGCAACCAGGCACUCAUUACAAAGUUUGUCUGCACUUGGGGCCUAAUGACACCUCAUGUGUCCAUCUAAGGACCAAGGAGGUGUCGAUGCCAGAUCCUUUACCAGACCUGACCCCAGCAGUCCUGUUGGCGGUUUCAGCUCUUCUGCUUUUAUUGGCAGCCAGAGCAUGCCAUGGGGGAGCCUCAUUUAGUUGGAAAGAACACAUAAUGGAGUUUGAAAAACCUCACACUACCAUUCUGACUCAGGAGGCGAAGGCAUUCAUGACUGUUCCAAUACCAGUAAAAUGCCUGAAUCAGCAAGACCAAGGCAAAGUCCUAUCAGAAGGCAGAGGAAAAGACCUCAUAAAUGAUAUGCUGGGGCAAGUUGCUCAGGGGCAUGCAAAAGAGGCAUGCUGAGCAAAAUAGAGAGUUCAAGAAGGAUGGACAAAAAAUCCCUGGAGUACAAACUUCACAAAGCUCACUUUACCAUAUGACAGUCAAAACUACUGAACGUCUGAAACAAACAGUACUAGAAAUUUGCGCUGCAGACCUGCUUCACAUAACAGCAACCCAGUUUCAAGCAUAGUACAAAAACUGAAAAAAAGAUAUUUGUAUUUAUUUUGUAACAAAACAGAUACAACACAUAUAUGUAUAUUAAAAGCAUUUGUUCAUAUAUUCCCAUACAAUAUAUCAACUAAGGACACUAAAGCUGUGCUGCCAUUCAUUACAGUUCAUAUAGAGUCUGUUUAUAUGCAACCUUUAUUAGUCUGUGACAUACAGUAACAGACCAAAUGGUUGUAGAAAGAGAAGUACUUAUAUAUAUUUUUAAUGCUGACUUGACAGAAGGAAAGAACACAAAUAGUAGGAACUGAACGCAGAACUUAAAUCUUUCUAAAAAGCAUCUACAGGCUGUGGGCAACAAUUCACUUUUCUUGUUGUGGUAAAAAACCACAAAAACUGACUGAAUCUCAAAGCAGGCAUUAUGAAAAGUGCUGAUAUAAAGGGAGGUGUCUUAAAUGUUGUAUAACUAAUGUUGUAUGUACUCUCUCUUUAACAGUGUGUUAAAUUGUGCUCUGUACAAGGACCCCAAGAGAACGCUCUAGAGUUAACACCAUCUCAAAGAAAGAGAAUGUUUUCAGUGCAUAAAAGAAAAAUUAAUUUGUCACCCAAAUGUGGACUGAUUGUACAUCUGACAGGGGUCAAAAACUCAUGGCCCAAUCUGCUCUGAGUGGGAUGCUUGACUAUUUGGGUUCACUCAUUCCUAAAACACGACAAAGCCUUGCUUAGAAAAACAACCGAAGUGAACAGAUGUUCCAGUGUUGACGGACAUGCAGCCUAGACAUAUGUGUCGGCCUCUUUGUUCGAACAUGUCAAACAAGAAGAAAGGGUCAUAGAGAAAAGUGUGGAACAGCCCUAUGAUGCCAUCCCUUCCAACAAUGAAGGCAAACAUUUGGUGACAGGGGAGAGAUUCACAUCUCCAUGCACACUGUUUUAUUCAAAGCAAGCACGUCAGAGAUCUCAUCUCUCUAAGUACUGAUGAAAUGUACGGGUCCUGUCAGGCUGCUAAUGGAACACUUCAUGGAAAGGUAGUGUCAACUCUUCGUUCUGUAAAAAAAAGUGAAAUUGAAUUCAAAAUGGGCUCUUUCUUAAACAGUGUCGUGUGACGAUUCAAUGUGCAUCGCUCUAACUGCUGGACAGCUACACUAAUGAGGACGUACCCAGUAAAAGAGGGGUUAUAGGGCACAUGUAUGCCCCUCUUUUAUCUGGGAAAGGAAAUAAAGCAGCAUCUGGGAUUGUGAACUGUACUCUUAUAUUCUCAAAUAUGGGGAAAUCCAUUUUUUACAGGCUGUCAUUUAAGGGUAACUUUGUUUGCUUUGAUUUCUUACUUUAUUUUUGUCCGUUUGUGGUUGAUGUGCCCUCUUGUUUUAGUGACACUCUCUCUAACUUAACUGUCUCGUCCUCAGAUUGUUUUCCUUUCAUUAUUAUUUGUUGAUCAUUGGUCUUUUUUCCCACCCCAAAGCUGUACAUAAGUCAAUCUGAAUUUCCUAUUCAACAUACCACUUUCUGAAAUAAUUUAGAUGACUGUGUGUUAAAUUCUAUUUUGAGCUAUUAUUAAAACAUU